AUGCGGUCGUUCAUCCUCCCUCUUUCUCUCCUCCCCGGCGCCCUCGCCGCGACGGUCUACCUGGCCGGGGAUUCUACCAUGGCAUCCACCAACGGUGGCACCACUGAUGGCUGGGGCGACUAUAUCACUGAGUACGUCUCCGGCACUGUCAGCAACAAAGCGAUUGGCGGACGCAGCGCGCGCUCCUACACGCGGGAAGGUCGGUUUGACGACAUCGCCUCAGUAGUCCAAUCUGGCGACUACGUGGUGAUCGAGUUCGGGCACAACGAUGGCGGCUCCCUAGGCAACGACAACGGGCGCACCGACUGCCCAGGGACCGGCGACGAGACCUGCGAAACGACGUACGACGGCCAGCAGGAAACCGUGCUCACGUUCCCCGCAUACAUCCAGAACGCCGCGAAGACGUUCACCGCCAAAGGCGCAACCGUGCUGAUCUCUAGCCAAACACCCAACAAUGUCUGGGAGACUGGCGAGUAUGCCUACACGCCAUCGCGCUUCGUCGAGUACGCCCAGCUCGCGGCGGAAAAUGCAGGCGUGGAAUACGUGGACCACGGGGCUUAUGUAGCCAGCCGGUAUGAGAGCUUGGGAGGGGACACGGUGAACAGAUACUAUCCUAGUGACCACACGCACACGAGCCCCGAUGGAGCGGCUGUUGUUGCGGAGGCGUUUUUGAAGGCUGUUGUGUGCAGCGAUGUUGCGCUGAAGGAGGUGUUGUCGACGGAGGACUUUGAGGGAGAGUGUUUGUAG